AUGGAGAUUGUUGAGGGGGAUGCCAGGAGACAAUAUAGCCUGCUAUAUAGGUGCAGUGUUGAACUGAGGAGGGCAUCACUUGGGAAUACCUGCAAGAUAAAUUUGGAUACUCCAGUUAUGGGUUUGAUGCCUAGGUUUAAAAGAUUUUACAUGUGUCUGGAGGGGUGCAAGAGAGGUUUCAUUGCUGGUUGUAGGCCUUUCAUUGGCCUAGAUGGCUACCAUUUGAAAACUCAAUUUGGUGGAAUUCUUUUGUGUGCAGUUGCUAGAGACCCGAACGAUCAAUGGAUAUUCAUUUCUGAUCAGCAAAAGGGACUUCUAUCUGUAUUUGAUGAGCUCUUUCCUGGAGUUGAGCACAGGUUCUGUCUAAGACACAUGUACGCAAACUUCAAGAAGAUGUUUGGGGGUGGAGUGAUUAUAAGGAAUCUCAUGAUGGCUGCAGCUAAAGCUACUUAUAGGCAGUUAUGGAAUGAAAAGAUGAUGGAGUUGAGAAGUGCAAAUGAGGCAGCAUACACUUGGUUGAUGGCUAUUCCAACCUGGACUUGGUGCAAACAUGCCUUCACUCACUACCCCAAGUGUGAUGUCCUUAUGAACAACUUGUUUGAGAGUUUCAAUGCCACAAUUAUUCUAGCUCAGGACAAGCCAUUUCUCACUAUGAUGGACUGGAUCAAAACAUACAUCAUGGGAAGAUUUUCUACUUUCAAUGAGAAGUUUGCAAAGUAUAGUGGAGAGGUAUUGCCAAAACCUUUAAAGAGGUUAUCCUGGGAGGUGAACAAGAGUGCUUCAUGGCUGCCAACACAAUGUGGUGAAGGGAAGUAUGAGGUUAAACAUGCAAUUUCUGGAGAAGGGUUUACUGUUGAUCUAAAUAGACACUACUGCAUUUGUAAUUUCUGGGAGCUGGUGGGAAUACCCUGCAGACAUGCAUGUGCUGGGAUGUCAUAUAGUAGACACAACCCUGAAGACUUUGUCCACAUGUACUACAAAAGGGAUGCGUAUAUAGCAACUUAUGCACAUGGGAUUAGUCUAAUCAACGGACAGAAACUCUGGGAACCAACUGAAGACCCAACAAUUCUUCCACCCUUGUAUAAGAGGGGUCCAGGCAGGCCUAAAAAGCUAAGAAGAAGAGACCCUCAUGAGGACACUGAGCAAAGGUUGAACAGAGGUGUGGCCAUACAUAGAUGCAACAGAUGUGGCCAAUUUGGUCACAACUUAAGAAGCUGCAGGAACCCAAUUAUGAACACAGAUCCACUGCCUAGCCAGCAAACUCAACCAAUCAACCCAAAUCCACAACUUAGUCAAGUAAUCAACCCAGAUCCACAAACUACUCAAAUUGUUCGAGCUGAAGAUAUACUACCUCAGUUGAGAGAGAGGUGGAAUGAAAUCAUUGGAAGAGUACCUCUAGUGAAUCCAGAUGAAGUGCCACAAGUUGGAGUUCAUGCUGCAGAUAUGGAUCCAGUUGCUGCAACUACUGUUGAUCUUCAGGGAGGAGUAUCUCAGAUCUCAGCAAUUGAUGAGGGAAGAGAACUUAUUGAGGGGGGGUGGGUGGGUCGGUUAUGUUAG